CGCGUACCAAAAGGCCAAAACUAUCAUUUGAAAUUCAAGUUAAUGUUCUUAUUAAGAAGCAAAAUAGGAUUUACCCUUUCUAUUUGCAAGUACAUAUAAAUAAAUUUUGCUGCAACCGCAUCUUUAUUCAUCGAAAUGGCGACACGGCAGCGGUUACUACCGUCCUCUUCCGACGACUCACUCCACGCGCCGCCGCUUCCACCUCUUCCGUUCGACCUUGGUGUGGAAAUCCUAUGCAGGCUCUCGGUGAAAUCGCUGUUGCAACUCCGCUGCGUUUGUAAGUCCUGGAAAACCCUAAUCUCUGAUCCCAAAUUCGCCAAACACCACCUCCUCCGCUCUUCCCCGACGGACUUCACCCGCCACCGCCUCAUCUUAGGCUACAACAUCCUCCCAAACGACAGAUUCAAAUUCCUUCUCAAGGAUUACCCGCUCCUCUCCGUUUUCAAUGCCGCCAUGCCUGCACCCGCCACAGAGCUAGGUUACCCUCUUCGUGACAACUUCAAUUUGAUCAUGGACUCUUGCGACGGCAUCGUCCUCGUCUGCGCCAAUUACAAGAGAUGUAUUGUUCUAUGGAACCCUUCCACUCGGAGAUUCAAAGAGUUGCCGCGUUUGGAAAUUCCAGAGUCAGAAGUAGAAGGUGCUAGUACUUUCAUAACAUAUGGGUUUGGUUAUGAUAAUCUUGCUGAUAGUUACAAAGUAGUUGCAGUUUUCUACUAUGAAACUGAUACUGGGGGUUACAGAAAAAACAAAACUAAUUUUGAGUUUUACAAAACACAAGUGAAGGUUCAUACUUUAGGUACUCAUUCUUGGAGGGAGAUUCAAGAGUUUCCUUCUUGUGUCCCUUUUACUGGAGCAGGAAGAUUUGUGAGUGGCACUGUUAAUUGGUUGGUUUCUGAUGAGUCCAACUGGUUUAUUAAUUCUCUUGAUUUGGGGAAGGAGAGUUAUCAAAAACUUUUGCCUCCUAAUGAUGGAAGUGAGCCUGAGAAUUAUUUGGGGGUGUUGAGGGAUUGCUUGUGCGUCCUGUGUGGAGAUUCUAAGGUUUGGAAUGUUUGGCUUAUGAUGGAGUAUGGAAAUCAAAAGUCUUGGACUAAACUAUUCAGUGUUGCCACCGAACUAUUCCCCUAUUACAAGGGACAGGGACUUGGUGCAAUUCAUAUUUCUGAGGAUGAUCAAGUACUGGUGGUGCAGUUCUGUUCAGAGUUAUUUCUUUACAAUUCCAAAGACGGCACUUUGAAAAGUCUCCAAAUACAAAUUCCCGAUGCUUGUAUUUCUAUGGUCUCAUGGGUCUAUGUAGAAAGUUUGGUAUCACCUUGCUUUUGAUAUUAGGACGCAAAAUGUAUUUUUCAGGUGGGACAGUGGGAACUUAUUUCUUAAGUAUAUUUUUUGUGAUGACCAAGAGUAGUGGAAGAUGUGAAAGCAAUGAAGCUGAUCCCAGCUGGGGCGACACAAAGUGAAUUAUAUGUUUUUAUAUUGUCAUAUCAAAGCAGUUGACAAAUGCCAGUUAUCCUAUUUCUCUUCAAUACUAGUUAAGGAUCCUUAAAUGCCUUUUGUUUGAAACUAUAAGUUUUCUUCCAUUUAUAACUUAGAUUGCUUUAUUUGGUAUCUGGAAAUGAUUUAAUGAGAGGGGAUUAUGGAUUGAUCGACAGACCAAUGGCCUGCAUUAGCAGUGCAUUGUAUAGUUAAUGAUAGCCUUCAUAGCAAUUACCAUCUGAUUAGAACAUAA